GUCAACUUUUAUUGUUUUAUUUCAAUAUGACGUACAGUCGUAACCACGUGUUGUGACAGUGAUAAAUUCAAUUUAAGAGUUUUUUUAAUGAUAGCAAUAGUAUUAACCAAUUAUUGAAUUUAAUCAAAUCAUCAUUACAAAGUUUAUCGAUAUACAUAUGUUUCACGAUGCUUAAGUACCGUGAACCAAUAUCUGCAUUUGCAAUGUAUGCUAUGAAGCGCAAAAAUGCAGAAUUAUCGUCAAAUUCAAAAAAAUUAAAGAGAAAACACAGUUCCUCAGAUAAAAGAAUAGUUUUAAAGAAUGACGCAAAAUUGAAAGUGCAGGAAAAGGAAAAACAGACAUCUGUGCAUAAAAAGACUCAAGAAACAAAGAAAGCUCUGAAGAUAAAUGAAAUUCAAAAUGUAAACAAAAUUUCAUCUAGAACUUCUAAGAAAAGUAAAUCAAUUCAAAAGCCAAUACAGAAAGAAGAAGAUAAAGAAAUACAAAUUUCUUGUUCAAAGAAAAUUGAAUCAAAAAAAAAAUUAAGAAGUUCUGUCUUAAUGACAACUACAGGUAUUGCAAAAAUGAAAUGCAUUAAACAAAAGCAACAAAAACGAAUUAAAAACAGAAGAUUAACAAGACAGGAUACUCAAGAGACUGCUAAUACUAAUUGUAACAUAACUGAAGAAAAUCAUAAGAAUCCGUUAACAACAAGUCGCUCAGUAUUUGAAUGGUUAAUACAUCCUAUGAAAGUAGAAGACUUUUUUGAAAAGAAUUGGGAGAAGACACCUGUUCAUAUUAAGAGAAAUUUUCCCAAAUAUUACAAAUUACUUAUGUCUACUCCAAUGUUAGAUUCCAUAUUGAGGGAAUCUCAUAUUUUAUUUACAAAAAAUAUUGAUAUUACCUCGUAUGAAAAUGGCGUAAGGGAAACGCAUAAUCCUGCUGGCCGUGCAGUUCCAAGUGUCGUUUGGGAUUAUUAUAUGAAUGGAUGUUCUGUUAGAAUGUUGAAUCCACAAACAUAUAUACCAAAAUUACAUUCAUUAAACGCUACACUUCAGGAAUUUUUUGGCUGCUUUGUUGGUGCAAAUUCCUAUUUAACACCUCCUAAUAGUCAGGGCUUUGCACCACAUUAUGAUGAUAUUGAAGCCUUUAUAUUACAAAUUGAAGGUAAAAAGAGAUGGAGAUUGUAUAAACCACGAAACGAAAACGAAUACUUAGCAAGAUAUUCUUCAAAAAACUUUUCACAAUCCGAGAUUGGUGAACCUAUAUUAGAUACGGUUGUAAAUGCAGGAGAUUUGUUAUAUUUUCCACGAGGAACGAUUCAUCAGGGUGAAACUAUUGAUGAUACACAUAGUCUUCACAUUACACUAAGUGUUUACCAAAAAAAUAGUUGGGGUGACUUUUUGGAAAAGUUGCUUCCAAAUGCAUUAACAGCUGCUAUAGAAACAGAUAGUGAAUUUCGAAAGGGAUUGCCUAUUAAUUAUUGGAGACAAUGUGGAUUUGCCUAUUCUGAAAUUCAGAACAGUACCAAAGAUGAAUUUAAAGAAAAUAUAAAAUAUUUAUUCAGUAAAUUAAUAGAAUACAUUGAUAUAGACAAAGCAGCAGAUUUAAUGGCAAAAAAUCACAUUCAUGACUUUUUACCACCUGUUCUUUCUGAAAAUGAACAGAGAUGUUCUGUUGUUCAAGAUGGUGAACAGAUGAUUGAAAAUGGAAUUGUUGAAAACAGAGUAGAGAUAGAACCUGAUACAAGAAUUCGAUUAUUAAGAUCUCAUUGUAUAAGGUUAAUUAAAGAAAAUGAGACAUUUAGGAUAUAUUAUUCAACUGAAAAUUCCAAGGAAUAUCACGAGUAUGAACCACAAUUUUUAGAAGUUGGUGAAGAGUUUAUACCUGCUAUUCAAGAUAUGAUAUUGCGAUAUCCUGAAUUUAUACGCGUAGAAGAUUUGCCAAUUGAUGGUGAAGAUAAUAAGGUACAGAUAGCUAAGGAUCUUUGGGAAAAAAGUCUUAUUGUAACAGACAACCCAUUAUGUGUUUUGGAAUAAUUGUACAUUUGAAAUAAUUUGUAAAAAAAAUGAAUAAACAUACAAAUAUCAAAACUCAAAAAUUCCUAAAAGUAUUGAUAGUGCAAUUUGAUAUGCGUAUACAUGUAAUAUGUAUUACAUUAUCUAAAUACAUCUUUAU